UUUCUUGUGGAUUUUCGUUCUGUCAAGUGUAGAGAUAAACACAAAAUUCACCGGUUGUACGAUUUCAUUUAAAUAUUUUUUAUUUACCAUUCAACAAUGGUAAAAAUGACCAACAACGUUACCUCCGGAAAGUCCUGCUUAUGCGUUCCCGGCCAGCGCUUGUGUGCCGUGACCGAAUACACUGUUGGUGGAGAAGGAACGUACGAGAAAUUAGGUUAUUUACAUGCGAGUUUAUCUGGCGUUGUAAAAAUACGGAUGCGACAUAAGAACAAUUAUAUAUCUGUGGCUUCCUUCGGAAGUAAAACUGUUGUUCCUGUUGUCGGAGAUAUAGUCACAGCCAAGAUUACUGUGAUCAAUCAAAGAUUCGCUAAAUGUGUAAUAAUUUCUAUUGGCAAAACGUGUCUCAACAGACCCUAUAGAGGAAUACUACGGCGGGAAGAUGUUCGAGCUACUGAGAAAGAUCGCGUAGAAAUGUACAAGUGCUACCGACCGGGUGAUAUUAUUUUAGCUAGAGUGUUACCACAAGUUGAGUUAAAUACAUAUCAUUUGACCACUGCGGAAAAUGAACUGGGUGUAGCAGUGGCGAUGUCUACUAGAACCGUUAAACCAACCCCAAUGGUACCCGUGGGAUGGACGGAAAUGCAAUGUCCAGACACACUUGUGAAAGAACCACGAAAGGUGGCGAAAAUAGUCCCCGAAACUGCACCGCCAAAUUACGAUGGCAAAAUUUAAAAGGAAAUGAACUGCUGACGAUGGAAUACUGAAAUGACGAUUGAAGUAUGAUAUACUAGAGCAUAAGAAGAAUGCAGUUUCACGAAAUUGAUUUCAUAUGGCAUUAAAUUUUCUUGUCUAUCCCGAAUCGAAGUUGAAAAGGUAGCUGAAGGAAUCGUUUGCAUGCAUACAUUUUUUGAGGAGGUCCAAAAUCGUUAUCACUUUAAGGGAGGACCCCUGUCUGGAAGGUCGAAAAAUUAGAAAUUUUUGUUAUUUUUUUUUUAAUUUUAGGAAUAAAGUGAAGUGUUUGGGUAUUAUCACUAUAACGGGAAAAUCUGUUUGUAUGGCAUUCCUGGAUGUACUUUUUCCGAAAGUGAUACAGCCAGAGAUACCAAGUUUAAAGACAUGUCAUCAUUUUGAAGACAUUUAAUUUACUGUGAGGAUUUGAUUUUGUGAAGACAUAUUGAAGAUAUUAGAAAUUAUGUGAAGACAUUUCAAUAUGAUAGUGUAUGUGAAUUUUUAGGAAAUAUUAUUUUCAUAAAAUUGGCCCAUAAAAAAACUUUUGUUUAGUGUCAUCCGCUCACAUUUUAUCAGUGUCACUUGUUAAUUUUUGUCCUUAGUAAUAAAUCGAGACUUUUAUCUCGGUGUUAUUCACUCGCUUGUUUUUCACGACCACUUCAAAAUCGAAGGUUUUCUGUUUGCAUACCGUUACAUAUCAUAUAGCCAAAACUUCAAAGCUGAAAUAAACGAAUUGAGUUAUUUAUAAAAAAUGACAAAUGAGAGUUAUCCAUUCUAUUUUUUGGCAUUUAAAUAUAUCUAGCCCACCUUCAUAGAAUAUCUAUCUCUUCUUUUCUAAACUCUUGAACAGGGUUGCCAACUAUAUUUUGAAAAAAAUCAGGAAGAAUGAAAAUAAAAAUCAGGAUAAAUCAAGAUAGCUCAUAUUGGGUUGUCCGAAAAGUUAAUGUCAGUUUUUGGGGAAAUAAAAACAUAAUUUUCAAUCGAA